GCACGUGACGGCGAAUGCCAUCGAUGCUCUCGGCUCUCGAUUCGAUCGGAGUCCGCUCGUCACUCGACGGAUCGCGCCUGGCCGUUGUCAAGGAGGGUCGAACGCAUCGAGCGGGGAGGAUGAGCCUGGCGGAGAACAGGCCGUCGCGCAAAAAUGCCGGCAACCGCAUGUCGCGGCUGCUGGAGGCAGAGGAAGAGGACGACUUCUACAAGACGACUUACGGCGGCUUCCACGAGGAGUCCGGAGAUGACGAGUACAAUACGGACCAGUCAGAGAGCGAGGACGAGGUGGACUCGGACUUCGACAUUGAUGAGGGCGAUGAGCCAGCCAGCGACCAGGAGGAUGACGAGCCGCGCAGGAAACGCCGUGUCAUCACCAAAGUCUACAAGGAGCCAGUGAAGUCGAGUCGGCCAAAAGCCAAGCCCAGGAAGUCCUCGGGCACCCCUGGCACGUCAGAGAAAGCAUAUCCUGAGAAGGGGGAUGCCACCGAUCUCCCAGACGAAUUUGGAGAACGUGGUCGUAAGUCAGUGCGGCAGUCGACCACAGAGCACACCCGGCUGACGUACCUGCGGGUGCAGGAGCGCCAGGUGCAGCCCCGCCGCCUUCGCAAGGCGCCGCACGCAGAGACCCACCAGCUCAGCCAGGAGGAGCUGCUGGCGGAGGCCAAGCUCACCGAAGAGAUCAACCUGCGCUCCCUGGAGAACUACGAGCGGCUGGAGGCGGACAAGAAGAAGCAGGUGCUGAAGAAGCGGAGGUGCGUGGGACCCACGAUCCGUUUCCAUUCCGUCACCAUGCCGCUGGUCACUGAGAUCAACGUAAAGGAGGAAAACGUGGAUGUAGAAGGGCUGGACCAUGACCCACAGCCGACAUCGGAGCAAUCCCAGACACCGGUGCUGGCCCCCGUGGGGAGGUGCCUGCGCAACUUCAUCACGUUCAGCGAUGACGCCACCUUUGAACGAGCCUUCCCCAAGGCCAAGCUGCCUCGGGUUCCGGCCCGCGAGCUCUGCCCCGUCACCCAUAAGCCAGCCCUCUACCGUGACCCCAUCACCGACAUCCCGUACGCCAACACCCGGGCUUUCAAGAUCAUUCGCGAAGCCUACAAGAAGUACAUCACGGCGCAUGGGCUGCCCAGCUCGCAGGGUAGCUCACAGCCCGAGCAGGCUGGCCGCAACCGCCAGAGGAUCAUCAUCAAACAGGCGGCACCCCCAACCUGAAGGGAGAGGGGAGUGUUGGGGUGGGGGCUGUAUGGGAGGGGAGUACUUUCUGGCCCCCUCCCACUCUCCCUCUGAUCCGAAGAAAGAUGUAUCAUCACUUCCUGGGACGGUGUAGGGGGAAGCUUCACUCUUCAUCUGAACACGUGAGUGUGUGAUGAGACUGGAUGGAGGGAGCUUCAGUCUGUGCCUGAAGUCCUGGGAGUGUGUAAUAGGACUUGUAGAGGUCCCAGAACUCUAGGCUCCCAACUACUCUAUGACUGACCCCAAGAGUACGAGAUGGGACAGUGUAGAGGGAGCUUCACUCUGUCUGGUUGAGUUUGUCACAUCCACCUGCCAGGGGCAGUGUGUGGCAGAAAUAACAAUCCUUUUUAUAUUCACAGCCUACCUUUAUGCCCCUAAAAAUGUCAUUUUUAAAUAAUAAAUCUACAAAAUGAUUACAAGUUGUUCCUCUUUGUAAAAACUUGUAGGUUCUACCGCUGAAGAUAUUUUGGAACUUUCUGAGAUUGCAGUGAAUGAUGGUGGAAACUUUGCAAAAUCCUCCUAGAACAGUGUGAAGGAGAGAGGUUCAAGGUCUAGCCCUGGGACAGAUAUUCCCCUGUUAUUCAAGUCACCUUUCAAAGACCAGGAGCCCUUCUGUUCCUCAGUUUCCUGCUUGGAUCUGGAUGCAGUCUAUAUCUGGAGUAGCAUGGGGCUAUGGCUGCCUUACACCGAGAGCUCUCCCAGUUUACAGUCUCCCAUUUCCCAGAGGAACCCUCCCCCCCAUUGUAACUGCCCAUGGGUUUGUGAAUGGUCGAGGCUUCCAUUUUUCUUAACCUUUUUGUCCAUUCCAUUCCAUGCAGGACAGAAACAGAACCCACAGGGUCCACGCUGUCUGAGCUGAUUUCAAUUUAAUCUCCCCACCGUUCCACCCCUCACCCACACACGACAGGGGGUUGCACACAGCAGCCUAUUAACCCACCAACUCUGGAUGUCAUUAUGUUCUGGCAGGGAAAGUAAACUCAGUUUUAAAUUCUAGGCACGUGUGUGCGCUCAUUUGUACACACACAGACAUACGUAGCAGCAGAGAUCAGGAUCGAACCUGGAACCUUAAAGCUGUGAGGCAGCGACUCCACCUGCCGCGCCAACUUGGGGUACGGGUGGCAGUGGAGGAGUAAAUUAUUGGGUUACAAAUCAGACUGGAUUCAGAAGGGUAAAACUGUAAUUGCCUCACACUUGUCCACCAACCUUGGAUUACUGAAUGAAUGUUUUUUUAAAGAGCACCACCAUCAUCCCCAAGUUAGUGUAACAAAAUCUCAACUUGUAAAAGAACACUACCUUUGAACGCUGUACCUCGGGUAUCACUCCAAGAAAUCUAGUUGUGCAUCUAUAAGAUUGAGAUAUGUGUUUUGUUUGUUUGGAUUCAGAAUUGGUUUGCCCAUAGAUGACAGAGGCAGUAGUGGAGGGGUGUCCGCUGACCAGAGCUGAGCCACAGGGAUCAGUGUUGGGACCUCUGAUGUUUUUUGAAAUCUUUAAAUGACGUGGAGUUAGAUGUAGAUGAUGAGUUAGUAACUUAGCAGGUGACACAAAGGUUAGUGGUGGUGUGGACAGUGAAGGUUGUCAAAGGAUACGGCAGGAUAUAGAUUGAUUAUUGACAUGAAAGAUGGAGUUUAAUCCACACAAGUGUGAGGUAUUGCACUUUGGCAGGACAUUUAACACCAUGGGUGUACAGAGGAACAUUAGGGUUCAAGGCCAGGUCUGGAAGGCAAGGCCUAUUGGCUGAAGCCAAAUCUGUGAAUCUCUGCCCGUCUGCUGGGGAGAUCAAGGCCUGGUGUCUUCAGGCCCAAGUCUGUGUCUGCUGGAGGGCUGUCCUGGGCUUAAAGGGCUGUGGACGUGCUUGGGAGGGAGCGAGGAACAGGACUUGUUUUUGUUGUUGGUUGCUUGCCGAUGUACAGGCGGAAGCUAAAACAAGAGGCGGCCAUAGUUAAAACUGUCCACUUUGGGUCCGACCAGUUGGCCUCCAUGCUGCGACACUGCUUUGAUGACGUCAACCGGAAUGUCUUCCAUGAUGAGGAUGUCUCCAAGUUCACUUGCUUCAUCCGGAAGUGCAUCGACGAUGUUCCCCAGAAGUCAGUCAGGAUCUUCCGAACCCGAAACCCUGGAUCGAUAGUUCCGUGCGAGCAGCACUUACAGCGCGACAUCGAGUUUACAUCGCUGACGAUCAACUAGAGCUGAAGAAAAGCAGCUAUGUUCUGCACAAAGCUAUCAAGACUGAAAAACAACAAUAUAGGGAGAAGACUGAGUCAAGAUUCACAACGAAUAGCACAUGUGACUUGUGGCGAGGGCAUACCAUCGCAGACUUUGAAGCCAAGCGUCGUGCUGCUGCCAAGUACAAGAGGACAUGGCUUUAAAGUAAGGGGAGGGAAGUUCAAGGGGGAUAUUGGAAGGGUUUUCACUCAGAGAGUGGUUGGUGCGUGGAAUGCACUGCCUGAGACAGUGGUGGAGGCAGAUACACUAGUGAAGUUUAAGAGACUACUAGACAGGUAUAUGGAGGUUAUAUGGGAGGCAGGGUUUGAGGGUCGGCACAACAUUGUGGGCCGAAGAGCCUGUAAUGUGCUGUACUAUUCUAUGUUCUAUGUUAACAUAGCAGUCUCUUUGCCAGGUGAGCUCAAUCGCUUUUACACUCGAUUCAAUGUCGCUAACUCAGUCUCCGAGGAAAGCCACCACUACAACCUGCAACCUGGUCAUCUCUGAGGCUGGGGUACGCAGAUAUUUCCAAUGCGUGGACAGUCACAAGGCUGUGGGACCAGACGGCAUCCCAGGGCGAGUACUCAGGAUGUGCGCAGCACAACUGGCAGGUGUGUUUACAGACAUUUUUAAUCUCUCCCUCCCCCAGUGUAGAGUGCCCUCCUGCUUCAAAUUAUCCUUCAUUAUCCCUGUACCAAAAAAGAUAAAGGACAGACUGGCAUCCGGUCGCACUCACCUCAAUAAUAAGCAAAUGCUUUGAGAGGCUGGUCAAGGAUUACAUCUACAGCUUGUUACCACCCACACUGGACCCCCUACAAUCCGCCUACCGACACAACCGAUCGACAGAUGACGCAAUAAUCACUGUCCUUACACAUCUGGUGAAAAAGGAUGCUUAUGUGAGAAUGCUGUUGGACUACAGUUCAGCACUCAACACCAUAAUUCCAUUCAGGCUCGACAAGAAGCUCAGAGACCCUGGCCUUCACCCUGCCUUGUGCAGCUGGACCCUGGACUUCCUGUCAGGUCACUAGCAGGUUGCAAGAGCGGGCUCCCUCACCUCCACCCCUCUGAGUUUCAAAGCAGGAGCCCCUCAGGGCUGUGUAUUGAGUCCCCUCCUUUACUCCCUGUACACCCAUGACUGUAUCACCACCCACAGCUCCAAUCUGCUAAUUAAAUUUGCCGAUGACACUACAUUUAUUGGCCUUGUCUCAAAACAAGGUGGCCCACAGGGAGGAAGUCAUCUCUCUGACCUCCACAGUGGUGUCAAGAAAACAACCUCUCCCUCGACAUCGCAAACACAAAGGAGCUGGUUGUGGAUUAGAGGAGGAAUGGAGACAGGCAUCAAUGGAUCUGGGGUUGAGAGAGUAAACAGCUUCAGGUUCCUCAGCAUCCACAUCACCGAGGACCUCACGUGGUCUGUACACACCGGCUGUGUGGGGAAAAAGGCACAACAGCACCUCUUUCACCUCAGACGGUUGAGGGAGUUUGGUAUGGGCCCCCAAAUCCUCGGAACUUUCCACAGGGGAGCAAUUGAGAGCAUCCUGACUGGCUGCAUCACUGCCUGGUAUGGGAACUGUACUUCCCUCAAUCGCAGGACUCUGCAGAGAGUGGUGCGGACAGCCCAGCACAUCUGUAGAUGUGAACUUCUCAUGAUUUAGGACAUUUACAAAGACAGGUGUGUUUUAAAAAAAAGCCUGUAGGAUCAUUGGGGACCUGAGUCACUCCAACCACAAUCUAUUCCAGCUACUACCAUCCGGGAAACAAUACCGCUGCAUUAAAGCCAGGAUCAACAGGUUCCGGGAUAGUUUCUUCCACCAGGCCAUCAGACCGAUGAACUCACACUGAUUUGCAUGUACUCUAUAUUAGAUUGACUGUUCUAUUUAUUAUAAAUUACUAUGAUUGCACGUGGCACAUUUAGAUGGAGACGUAACAUAGUAAUUUUUACUCAUGUAUGUGAAGGAUGUAAGAAAUAAAG